GUUUCACUCACGACCACACAACUUUCACACUCACACAGUCACACUCAAAUGUCAAAUACAUACACACUGCACUUCGUCUUCAGAUUCAGAUUACUUUCCAUUUCACCAAAGAAAUCAAAUUCCGAAUUGUUCGCCGGAAAAAGAAGGAAAAAAAAAAUUCACAAUUCUAACAAUGAAGACACUUAAAUCUCAAUUAACUACUUGUCACCCACACCUCUCGUCAACAUCAUUACCCUUUCUCUCUAAACCCACCCUUAAUUUUAGGAAACGUUCCCUUAAUUUUAAGGUAUGUAACCUUCACCCCAUUUCCUCUUCCUCUCAAACAUCACCCCCUUCUGCUCAGCCUUCUUCUUCACUGGUUUCUGGGGUGGGACUGGAACCCACUCCUUUCCCGGGUCAUUUUUGGAAUUCCGACUUUUUGGAGGAAGCUAUUGAAAAGGUUAUUUACCGGUUUCGGUUCGUGGCAUUCCUUGGAGUUUUUGGUUCUUUGAUUGGGUCUCUUCUUUGCUUUAUCAAGGGUUGUGGUAUUGUGGCAGCAUCUUUUAUUGAAUACUUUGCAAAGAGCGGGAAGGUAGUAGUCAUGGUGGUCGAGGCCAUUGAUAUCUAUCUACUGGGAACAGUAAUGCUGAUCUUUGGAAUGGGUCUCUAUGAGCUCUUUGUUUCCAACCUUGACAUUGCAAAGUCAUUACCAGAUGUGAAAAAUCGGUCAAGUUUAUUCGGCUUAUUCCCUUUACUGGAACGACCAAGAUGGCUUGAAAUAAAAUCAGUUAGCGAGCUGAAGACAAAGGUAGGGCAUGUAAUAGUGAUGUUGCUACUGAUAGGACUGUUCGACAAUAGUAAGAAAGCAGCUAUAAACUCUCCUUUAGAUUUGCUAUGCUUCUCAGCUUCUGUCCUCCUUUGCUCUGGUUGCCUUUAUAUGCUGUCUAAGCUUAAUGACUCUAACUAAUUUAUAAACCACAUGUAUAUAUAACUAUAUAUAUAUAUAUAGUAACUUCCUUUCUCUUUU